AUAAAAAAAAAAAUCAUAUUUUAGAAAGAAGUGCAACGUUUGACUACUCGUGGUUUCACACAUCAACCUUACAUGGUUGUCUUACCAGCGUUGGUGACAAGGAUCCGGACACCGCCACUGACCAAACAUUUCCGUACCCUCAGAAGGCCCUUAACUCUUUCCCAAACCCAUAAGAUGGUGGAGAUUCGAGCCACCUCCAAGAGACCCACUUGCCAAACCUGCACUAAACCUGCCAGGCUCUGCCUCUGCUCUCGGAUCAAGACCCCGGAGCUUGACAAUUCCGUAAGUGUGACCAUCCUUCAACACAGUUUAGAGCAAAAACACCCUCUUAAUUCUACUAGAAUUGCUGUGUUAGGCCUCAAGAAUGUGACUGUUGCAACUGUUUCUGAUGUGAUUUUGGAAGCCCGGUUUGACAUUUGGUUACUCGACUCAAAAUCUGAACUGGGUUCUUUCUAUAGAUCGAAUGGAAUGGAAUUCGAUCAUGUUUUGGGGUCUACAGAUACCCAGAAAUUGAUUGAUGAGCAUUGUGACGGGACAAGAACAGAGGAAGAAAAUGUGGAUGAUUUUGGACACAAGCUGUUUGCGAAAUGCCCAAAAGAAAAAAGCAAUAGUAUGAUUGGUUCUCUUGAGACGUUUAGCUUGGGGAGAGAUAUAAGUGGUUAUGAUAAUGCUCAAAAUGGAAUAGAAGAUUGGAGUAAUGAGAGAAAAUCUGGCUUAUCGAAGAGAAAUGGAACAUCUUUUAAGGGUGAAGAUGAAGUUGCUUUGGAAACUCAUCAUGAGAAACUAUUUAAACAACCUGAUGUUGGAGAUAAGACAUCAGCUGCUAUGAAGCUUAAUAUGGUGUCUGAUGAGAGCAAGCUUGCUAAUUUUGAUUGUAGUGGAAUUGAAGAUGUACAAAGUGGAAAGGAAAGGCCUGUUGUAACGGCAACAAUUAGCAAACAAGGUGUAGUUAAACAUCUUUGCCAUAGCUGGAUGCUGCAAAACAAUCACGAGAAGCCAAAGUUUGAUAAAAUUUUAGACAUUGACACUGCUCGUGAUGUGCUAGAAAAAGGGUUUAUUGUACAAAAGUUGCAAAAGCGGCGGCAGCAGGCGAGCUUGGAGUUGGAAGAGCAUUUAGAGUUUGAGAUCAAAGUUCCCCCAGGAACUGUACUCUUGUUUCCAACUGAAGAAGCAAUGAGUGUUGAUGGACUAAGGGCUGCUAACUUUGAGGUGAAGAAUUUAAUUGUUUUGGAUGGAACAUGGGCAAAGGCAAAGAGAAUAUAUGCUGAAAACCCCUGGUUGAAACUUUUGCCACACUUGAAGUUGGAAUUGGAUAAGGUAAGCUUGUAUAAUGGAGUGAGGAUGCAGCCCAAGGCUGGAUGUUUGUCAACCAUUGAGAGCAUUGUGUAUACACUAAAAGCAGUAGGAGAUGAUAAUCUUCAAGGCUUGGAUAAUCUUUUGGAUGUCUUUGAGUCAAUGGUAGAUGACCAAAAGAGAUGUAAAGAAAAGAGGUUAAGAAAUGACUUGAAUUCCAUUUAAAAUGAGAGUCGUUUUAAAAUAUGAAAUGUAGUGCUAUUAUUGCACUACCGCUCCGUUUAGUUCAUUUAAAGCACCACUUGUUGUAAGCCAUGUUUCAUUAAUUAUGCAGAAAGACUUUUUUUGUGUUGUUUUUA